AUGGAGCCCACGGCGGCGACGCGCAGACCCUAUCGGAGUUCGCCGAGCGGGGCCCUACCAUCUCCACCUUCUGGAACCAUCCGCCUCGCCGCAAAGAUCGCUGGACACCGCUCCAGCCGGUUGCGCUGCCCGAGCAGCGGCAGGACAAGCGGCAGGGUCGCCACCUGCUCCCUAGGAAGAGAUGCCCGCGACGGAGGUAGCUCCGCCGCGAACGGCGGUGCGACCUCGCUGCGCCCUCCCGUUCCGGCGGGCGCAGAGGCUACUCCUCCCCUGCUGACCCCGUCGUCCAAUGAGGGACUCGUGUUCGACGUCGGUGCUGCAGGCGCCUGGGAUGGCCGAGAGGUCGGCUCCCCAGUUGUGAAGAGGUACGUCGGCGACGAGAGCGAGAGGUGGUUCCUGUGGUACCACGGGUGCGGAGAUGGCGACGGCUCCGGCGACUGCAUCGGGCUGGCGACGUCGGCCAACGGUAUGCACUGGAAGAGGGACGAGACCGUGGACGGGGAGUCCGCAGGGCUUGUCGUCGGCCGGAGUGGCGACUGGUGGGCGUUCGACACCGCAGCCCUCAGGCCGGCGGAGGUCAUCAGCAUGUCAAGCGCCAAGGUCAGCAGCCCCGGGGCCUUCUACUGGCUGUACUACACGGGCUACAUUGCAGAGAAAGUCGACAUGCCGGCGACGGCUGCCCUGAAGUCGCUGCCGGGCCUCGCCAUCAGCCAGGACGGCUGCCACUGGGCGAGGAUUGAGGGGGAGCACCACACCGGCGCACUGCUGGACGUCGGAGAAGCCGGCGAGUGGGACUCCCUGUUUCUGGCGGCGCCGAGGGUCGUCUACCACGAGGCGGGCGAUCUGAGGAUGUAUUACCACUCGUUCGACCGGCAGAGCCGGCAGUUUGCCAUCGGCGUCGCAAGGUCCAGGGACGGCAUCACCUGGGCCAAACUAGGGAGGGUGAUGGGCGGUGGGCCGGCCGGAGCCUUCGACGAGGCGGGCGUGAUGUGCGGACACGUCGUGAGGAUGGGGAAAGAGGGGCAAGGCUACCUGAUGGCGUACGAAGGGGUCUCCGGCGACGGGCGCCGCAGCAUCGGAGUGGCGGAAUCGCCGGACGGGUUGAAGGACUGGCGGCGGCGUGGCGGCGAGGCUGUCCUCGAACCGUCCGCGGAGGGAGGGUGGGACGAUGGUGGAGUCGGUUCGCCGUGCCUGGUGCAGAUGGACGGCGAAGGGUGGAGGCUUUACUACGGGGGCGUCGGGAAAGGGGGGAGGUCCGGGAUUGGGAUGGCUCUCUCCGACGGCCCUGAGAUGCGAAGCUUUAAAAGAUGCGGCGGCGGCUGUUUCUCUCUCUGA